AUGAUGAGAUACACCCUGGCGUACCACAAGGCCAUUGCCACCGAUAAGGGCGUGUUCAACGGGUCGCUGUUCCACAUCCUGACCGACCUGCUCCACUGGAUAUGGCUGCACUCGCUCCUGAUCACCGAGCACGGCCAAUUGUUCUCUACCGACGAGAAUGAUAACCAUUUCCUUUUGUUACACGCAUUGCAGCUGUGUCACGUCCAGAUUUACCCCCUGGGGGUAGGCCUGGGCGACCGCAUAGUCCGCAAGAAGAACCUCGACCCUGCCCAAGACGACCCUCCGGUGAUCUUCAUCAAGACAUUCGAAAAUGAAAAGCUCUAUAUCCGCGUCACCUCCAAACGGAGCUUUGGUAACCUAAUAUCAGCUCUAGUGGUGUGGCUGUCGCUCAAACCUCAGGGCCUUGCUAAGAAAUGGUAUGCUGAGAAUAAGGUGGCGCCGAAGCUGCUGACUCACGAAGUGUUGGUCUGCCGUUUCAAAGUGUAUGGCCCCAUUCCUCAUAAGCUGAAGAACUUGAACAUCGUUCCUGGGCCAAAAGCACCGGUGUACCAGCCGCGAAAUGCUGAUCAUGCCCCGGCGACCCUCGACCAAACUAAUUUGGCCCACGACGUCAACGAAGGUUGGUUUUACACCAUGGGUGUGCUCAAAUCCAACGGGAAACUCAACUUCAUCUCCGAGUUGGACGGAACCCUUCUAUACUCGCUUGAUGUAUGCCUGCUUCUCCUGCUGGAAAUUCGCGAGGUGCAUAAUCUGAUAUUCGACUCAUCAAAUGUGCUCUUUAUCGGCUACCUCAAAGAGUUACGAUUCAACAAUGUCAUAAAAACCACCAAUAACUUGACGUUAGAUCAGUACUAUCAUCUGACCUUCCUUACACGUGAUGGAAAGCCAUUCCCUAAUAAUCAGCGCAUAUUCAUUGAGUUUCCCCUUCACAUUGACUUGGAAGAUUGGUUUGUUGGACUUAACUACUUCAGCAAGCGUGAAUAUAUUGGUCUGUUUCUGGCCAACACUGUCAUCGAGUCGCCCCCUCCCGCAACGGACCCCGCAAGUGGUGAAACCAAGCCUAAUAGCCACAUUCCUCACUCACAGCUGAUGCCGUCUUUUGCUCGUCUGGCUUCCAGCCGUAAUCUACAUGACGAAUUGCAAACUAAACUCACCGAGUUUUCUCGUGACAACUUCAAAGUGAGCAAGCGCUUAACUUUGGACAUUAUUGAGGCUCGGCUAGAGCUGGCACUGAGUCUGGAAGGCAAGAUUUAUGCCGAAGUGCGCAUGUGGGGUUUACCUUGGAGUCGAACAGCUGUGGUCAAUCACACGCUGAACCCGUUUUGGAAGGAAGAGUUUAGCGCCGAACUUCCCAUUCUGACACAAAUGAUUCACAUUCUUAUCAAAAAGUGUCUGUUCUCCGACCUGCAGUAUUCUCAAGGCGAUAAGGUUAUUGGCACUGUGUACGUUACUCCUGAUAUUCUUGCCAAUAAGCCGAACCUGCAACUGCUGACAAUUGCCGUGGGUGGGGCUCAAGGAAAUAAUAUCAAAGUUCAAGGCAUCCUGGCGGGAGGGAUGCUGCCUGGAAAUGCUUUUGCUAAUAUCAAUGCCGACAUUGUGCGUCUACUGAUUUAUGAUGCGCUGAAUAUUCCCAUCGGUAAGCUUUUGAUUCAGGUCAAGCUCAAAGAGUACCACAUCUUACCUCCGGCAAACUUCAAGCCGUUGGAGAAGAUGUUGCUAAGUGCACCCAUGAAAGACAUCAUUGAGUAUUGCAACAAUAACGUUGCGUCGCUGGAUUUUGAAGAAGUCUCUCUCAUUUUGUUGGAUGUCUUUCAACUGUUGGGCGUUGAGGAGAGUUGGUUCAAAGCAUUGAUGGAAGCUGAGUUAAUUAACGUUGACAAAAUCACCCGCAAGAAUUACAUAAGUGAUCAGAGACGCCAGGAAAAGAAGACUGGCUUGGGCCCUCCUGCAAAUGUCUCAAGUUCUAAUAACGUAUUCAACACGUUAUUCCGGGGCCUGCUGAUCUUUUCAAAAUCGCUUGAGCGGUAUAAUUUGCGCAUUGGUCAAGAAUACCUUGAGAAAGUACUCUCUGACUUUUUCAAUAAGAUAGCCGAUGAGCGUCUCAACUGCGAAGUGGACCCACGAUAUGUGCGUCUUCAGGCACGUCGCAGGCGCCGUCACCCUCACGCAAGCAUUGAUGUCUACGGCGACGAGCUGGACUCGGAGCUGGACUCUGAUGCACUGGUUGAUACCGAAGAGGAGGACAGGCGUGAUGCAGAAGUAAAGCAAAUGAUUGAAGAAAACAUGGCAAAUUUGAAUUCAUAUUGUGAGGAAAUCUGGCAGAAGAUUUAUAUGACACUGAAUGAUUUGCCUGAACAGAUCAAGUUACAACUCAAGAAUUUCCGUGUUAAAGUUGAGUUGGCAUGUGACCCUGAUGAUAAAACGACAGCUCUUAAUUGUUUACUGGCGUUUAUCUUCUUGCGCUUCUUUUGUCCUGCCAUUCUUAAUCCGAAAUUGUUUCAUUUGACAAAAAAUCACCAGACAGGGACGACCCAACGUACGCUCACACUUAUCGCUAAAGUCUUGUUGAACUUGGCAAAUCGGCAGCAGUUUUUGCCGCAUAAGGAGCCCCAUUUGGUGCCGCUCAAUGCAUUUUUGGAGAAAGAAACACCCCGUGUUUUUGAGUAUUUCGACAAGAUUACUGGGCGCAAGAAUGAUUUCAACAAGAAGAUAUUGGAUUUGCUGCACGAAGUGAAGCGGUUCGACCUAGGAUUGCAAGGGGACACUCUGAAUGAAUUGCCGACAACGCCCUAUCUUAUUGACAAAUACUUGCGUUUGACUGAGUUGGUGCACUUAUUGACGUUCAACUCAGGUCAACUUCUGGCUCUGGCUCUGCAGCAGCAGCUCGCGCUGCCGCUUACUACGGUGGGAAACGAUGAUCUUCACACGAUAAGUUCCCUGGUAAUUGCUCUGCCCAGUGCAUAUCCACGGUCGCUGGCGCUGGCGCUGUACCGGCUUCUGGGAAGCGAGGUACCUGGUGAGUUGCGCGUAGAUGAUGAUGUAUACCAGAUUGGUCUGCUCGAGUUUGAAAAGCUGGAAUUUUUGGACCUCGCAGGCGAUGACGAAACCGAAGGGUUUAUAAAGCUGUUGUGUCGAGCUGAUGACAACAUCUUUUCGUUCAUUGCUCUGAACAUCACUUUGAAAGAUCUACAAAAGUCAAGCGCCAAGUUGAUGAACAAGGUCCAUGAUCUUGAAACCUACUUAGAGAAUGGGGAGUUUCCUGGAAAUUAUUUCGGUUAUCAUCAUAACAACAAAGCGCUGCCAUCGCUGCUUUGGGAGGCUUACACCAACGAUGUUUUAAGCCGGUGCUACUUGGAUACCAGUCGAUGCUGUCUCGUUUUCCUUGAUCAAUAUGUGCCAGUGCCUCCUCAAUAUAAACGGCUCGUUGAUAACGCACUUAUGCUGUUGAAACUUAAAUUCCCUGAGGGCGAUCCUGUGGCGAUAGAAAGAGGAAUCCCUAACUCCUUCUCUACUAAUCUGUUAAGCAGUGUCAAGUCCACCAGCAGAAACCCGUUGAAAAAGUGGUUCCGUCGGAAUCCUAACCCCAUUUAG